AUGGCUGUUGACAGAGUCUCUUCGGAACGCUCCGAUGUCGAGCACGUCUCCCACGAAAAAGACUCUGUUGCUCAUGAAGAGUACCAACGCAAUGGUACUCUGAGCGCCGAGGAUGUUGCGUUUCUUGGCAACUUCCCAGAAGGCAAGAAGAAAAAGGCCGUUCGCAAGGUCGACUACCGUCUUAUGCCGAUGCUUAUCCUGCUCUACCUCAUGGCGUAUCUCGACAAGACCAACAUUGGUAACGCCAAGAUUGAAGGGUUGUUGGGCAGCCUCAACAUGACGGGCGUGCAGUACAACAUUGCUGUUUCCGUCUUUUUCAUCCCUUUCGUGCUGGCAGAGGUCCCGAGCAACAUGGUACUGCACUUAUUCAAAAGGCCGUCGCUCUACAUUGGCGGCAUCGUUACUUGCUGGGGCAUCGUCAUGACUUGCAAUGGUGUGGUGCAGAGCUAUGGUGGUCUGAUAGCUGUCAGAGUAUUCCUCGGCUUGUUUGAAGCAGGAUUCUUGCCGGGCGCUAUUCUGAUCAUCUCCAAGUGGUACCUUCCGGGUGAGACGCAGACGCGAAUAGCUCUUCUCUACACAUCCGCCGCAUCUGGUGGAGGCUUCUCUGGGCUGCUAGCCUUUGCUAUUGCCAAAAUGGACGGUGUUGGGGGAUACGAAGGCUGGAGAUGGAUAUUCAUUCUCGAAGGCCUCGCCACAUUGGUCAUCGGCGUCAUGUGCCUCUUCCUCCUUGCCGACUCUCCCUCUCUCUCGAACUGGCUUGAUGCCGACGAAAGGCGUUACCUCGAGCUACGACAAGAAGCCCGGAGGGUCCAUCGACCGAGCGAGUUCCGAGAAAAACACUUUGAUAAGCACGCUCUGAUUUCUGUUCUGACAGACUGGAAGAUUUAUCUCUUGAUCUUUGCAAGCUGGUCAAAUGCAGUGCCGAACUACGCCAUGAAGUUCACGAUGCCGCAGAUCAUCAAGAACAUGGGCUAUACCUCGGCCAACGCCCAACUUUUGACGAUGCCGCCGUACGCGGUCGGCGCCAUCUCAGCCUACGUUUUUUCAGUCUUUGCUGACAGGUACUCCUGGCGCAUGCCGUUCAUUGUGGGCCCCCAGCUUUGUCUCGUGGUUGCUUUCAGCAUUCUGUUCACCAAGAGUGCCGACAUCAAAGACAACAUUGCCUUGUGUUAUUUCGCUGUGUGUUUGGCUUGUUUCGGGAUGUAUCCAAUCCUGCCCGGAGUCAAUGCCUGGAAUGUGGCAAAUACACCAAGUCCGGAGAAACGAGCAAUCAGCAUUGGCUUUUUAGUCUGUAUCGGAAACAUUGGUGGUCUGAUUGGUAGCUAUAUUUACCUUGACAAAGAAGCGCCGACGUACCCUACUGGGUAUGGUACGUCUUUUGGGUUUGCCUCGGCUGGGAUCAUUGCUGCUAUCGCGCUGGAAAUUCUGUUGAAGAGGAGCAAUGACAAGAAAGCGCUUCAGACUGAGGAAGAAGUGAGAGAGAGAUAUACCGAGGAAGAGCUGAGCCGCAUGGGGGAGAAGAGCCCGUUGUUCAAGUAUGCCCUCUGA